AUGCGGAACAAACCGAUUCAUAUGUUACGAGAAGUAUGGUCAAAAUUUAAAGAAAAAACGUCUACGAAGCUUGAACACAAGAAGAAAUGGGUUCAUCCAAAGGAUAGGAUCGAAAGGUGGAAAAUUAUUAAAGGAGAUAUGGUAAAAGUUAUUACGGGUGAUGAUAAGCAUAAAAUUGGAAAGGUGCAACAGGUAGACAAAUAUACAAAUCGAGUUUGGGUAGAAAACGUAAAGAUGGGAAGAAUGACAAAAAGUUUAGAGCUUCAGAUGGACGAAGAACCACAAAAUAAAGACAAAACCGGUGGCUGGUGGAUGAAGAGUACUCUGAAACCAAUCCAUGUAUCAAAUGUUAUGCAUGUGCAUCCAGAUGAUUUGAAAAACGAUCUCAUUCCGGCCAAAGAGAAGAGACAAGUUCGAGUUGAUUGGAAAAAAGUAAAUUUAGAUGGAAAAGACAUAAUACGAUGGCGACGUGUGAUUUGUGGUACAAAUAUCAUCAUUCCAUUUCCUCCAAAACCAAAGGAACCAGGAUAUCAACAAGAAAAGUCGGUUCACGAUACAGAUUUCGAGGACGCGAAUCGGUUAACUUGGAAAAUUUCGAAGGAAUCACCGUUACCGAAAG